UCUCUGUAUCUUGUCUCUUCAGAGUUUCUCUCUCAGCUGUGUUGUGGUUUUGUUUUUUUUUGAAAAAAAAAGAAAUCUCUUGCUGGAGUUGAGGUUUUGUUUUUUGUGGAGGAGACGCAAGUCAGGAGGUGGUGCGUGGCCAGGGGGGUAGAAAAGUGGAAGGGGAGCUGAGCUCUGUGAAUCAAAGGCACCCCAAACGCAGACCUGGCUGCCCACAUGCCGAUCGAAUUUGUUUGCAAAAUCAAAUUUGCCGAGGAGGAUGAGCAGCAAAAAGGCAAGCCGGACGGGGACAAGGAGAGCCUGAUCGAGGAGAGCUGCACGCCCCCGGCGAAGGACCUGGCCGGCUUCGCCAACUCCUGCUCGCUCCACGGGAUUAACCACAUCUUCGUGUCGGGCCGGCUGGGCGUGCGGCAGACGCUGUGGGCACUGGCCUUCCUGGUGUCGCUAGCUCUCUUCCUCUACCAGGCGGCCAAGUGCGCCAUCUCCUACCUGGAGCACCCGCACGUGACGGCGCUCAACGAGGAGGCCUCGCCGGAGAUGGUCUUCCCCGCCGUGACCAUCUGCAACGUCAACCGCUUCCGCUUCUCCGCGCUUACCGACGCCGACAUCUACCACCUGGCCAACCUGACGGGGCUGCCGCCCAAGAACAAGGACGGCCAUAAGCCCACCGAUUUGGAGUACCCGGCGCCGGACAUGCAGGACAUCUUCAACCGCACCGGCCAUCAGCUGGAGGAGAUGCUCAAGAGCUGCAACUUCAGUGGACAGAACUGCUCCGCGGACGACUUCAACGUGGUAUAUACAAGAUAUGGCAAGUGUUACACUUUCAACGGCAACAAAACAACAUCCCGGAAGAGCAAGCAGGGAGGCAUGGGGAACGGUCUGGAGAUCAUGCUGGAUAUCCAACAGGAUGAGUACCUGCCAAUUUGGAAAGAAACAAACGAGACAUCGUUAGAGGCGGGGAUUCGCGUGCAGAUCCACAGCCAGGACGAGCCUCCCUACAUCCACCAGCUGGGCUUUGGCGUCUCCCCGGGAUUCCAGACCUUUGUUUCAUGUCAGGAACAAAGGCUGACCUACCUGCCCCAGCCGUGGGGGAACUGCCGCUCCACCAUGGACCAGAUGAUCCCAGGCUACGACACCUAUAGCAUCAGCGCCUGUCGCCUGAGCUGUGAGAGCUUGGCCGUCGUCAAGGAGUGCAACUGCCGCAUGGUCCACAUGCCCGGAACUGCCGAUAUCUGCACACCCAACAGCAUCAAGUGUGUUGACAAAGCGCUCGCCCUCCUGCAGAAGAGCUCCGGGGACACCUGCCCCUGCGAGACGCCCUGCAACCUGACGCGCUACGGCAAGGAGCUCUCCAUGGUCAAGAUCCCCAGCAGGGGCUCUGCACGCUACCUGGCCAGGAAACACGACAAGACGGAGGAGUACAUCAGAGAUAACUUUCUUGUGCUGGAUAUAUUCUUUGAAGCGCUCAACUACGAGACAAUAGAGCAGAAGAAAGCGUACGAUGUCGCUGGUCUGUUAGGCGACAUUGGUGGGCAGAUGGGCCUGUUCAUUGGUGCCAGCAUCCUCACAGUCUUAGAGAUACUGGACUACCUUUAUGAGGUGAUUAAGCACAGACUGCAGCGGCUCGCCAGGCCCCCGAAGGAUGAUAAGAAGACGGCGACGACGACGAGGACGACGACAACGAUGACAUCGACGCCAAAGCCCAGCACAGUUGCAACAGUGGGCCUGGAGGAGACAAAACCUAAGGAGAGUACUGAAAUGACCAGAAGGCAUCCGGAGGGGGCUUACGCCAACACACUGCUCCCCAACCACCACCACCAUCACACACACCAUGGCGUGUUCGAAGACUUUGCCUGUUAAUUGCAGUUCCGACCCUGAUGACAACAAAAAACGGUCAGCUUCAACGCUGCACUCGGGCACAUAUACAAUAGACCCUUGAGUCUCCGUUCCACCUUCCUUGCUGUCAUCAGUGAAAGCUACAGCCAAAGCCGAACCCCCAAACCCGUGCGUGCGAACUGGGCAGGCGCAGACUGGACACCACAAAGUGGUCCUGCUGGAGACUCAUGCCUCUCUUUUUUUCUCCUUCUGGCCUGGAAGUCAAUUUGUCAGACACCUUCUCAUUUUCUAUUCCUGAUUCUUUUGGAACAUGUUCAUCACGUGAAGGCAAGACGACGACUACAUGUCAUCUAGAUCCCGUUUCUACUCCGACCGGUAGCCUGUUCCAGCCAACAUGUCAUGUCUGACUGCGAACGAUUGGUCCAUCCUCGUGGAGUUCUCAUACCUCAUAGCCUAACACAGGCCAUGGUUUUAAAUUAUUGAUUUGAAUGAUUUCUCAUUUGUAUAAAGAAUGAACAAGGCCACUGUGGAACACAACCCCAUUGCCUGCUUCCAACAAAGUUUUAGAAGCAGGAAAGGCCGUUCUGCAGACGCAACUGCAGCUCUGUCUCAAAAUAGAGCUAGGUGUUUAUCCAGCCUAGAUAUAUAUGUAAAUGUUCUAUCUCAAUUUCUUUGAAUGGUUUGAAUCCAUUCACAACAUUUGAACUAUAAUAAACGUCUCUAUAAGUUUUGUAAAGUUAUUUAUAUAGAGAGAUAUGGCAAGAGAUUUAUUUCAUU